AUGCCUCGGGUUCUUGUUCUGUACCUUCACAAUGUUGUCGCGUCGGCGGUUCCGGAGGAGCACGAACCGCCCGAGCGGUUCACUGCAGCGAAUAUCGAGCCGUAUUCGGGAGUGUCGUGGAUGCUGGGCCGCAUCGUCGCCGCAGAUGUGCUGGAGCGAGUGCUGUUUCUGGGAUACCAAUUUCCGGCGGAGGUGGAACUGCGUCGAGAAGCAGUGGAUAUGGAGGACGAAGAGGAGACUGCGUUUCUUCAGGAGGAUAACGCAAGCUACUCAGGUAAGGCAAGAUCCGCGAGGACGGCAGAGAUGUUGCCAGCCCAGUUGCAAUUUGACUCCUACUUUGUCCACCUCGCGCCAACUUACGUGCGGCAGAUGCGGUUGAUAUUCGCAGACGUGCGUCGCGUCUUCGGGACGCAGUUAGAAAGAAGCGAAGCUGCCUUGCGAAGCUUUUGGCGUGCUGCCUUGGACGACUUGUACGCCGGAGGGCGGGGGGGCUCCGCGGAUUUGCCAGCACAAAGCGCGAGCGACGUUCGCCAAAAUAUGCCUCUGUCACCGCUGCUGCGCACCAAAACCGAGACCAAUGCCGAGCACCAACGAAACAUGUACCAUCGUGGGCUGCGGAGCGUGCCGGUGCACUCGUCCGCGCCGGAAGGCCAGGCUCUGUCGGAGGAAGCGCAAGCGGGUGCCGCCGCCACCUCCUGGGAGAUGUCAGUUUCUGAAGUCUUUCACGCGUUCAACUACUCAAGCACCCUAGCCGUAGGACCAUCAUCUGCGAGCCCUUCUGCUCCACAAGAGCGGUCACCGCACAAAAGCGCAUAUGUGACAAACAAGAGAUACCGCUUGAUAGACGCAGCGCUCGCACUGCUGCACAGUGACCGAUUUGGGCCCUUCACGGCGACGCUGCUCGAAGCCGUCCGCACAACCGUCGAAUGGGCCGAGGAGCGACGGUCUGACGACCCGCGCGGCGCAGUCAUUCAGUGGAUCAAGCCGGGGAAGCGGCUCUUCGAGGUGCGGCAAACUCCGCAGACCGUGACGGUCGCGUUGCAGCGCCGCGACCCCUACUUUGAGACAUUUCCCUCGGCGUCCGUGUCGGAAGAGGGGCAGAACCCGGUCGAGUACCUGUUUCUCAAGUCGUGUCUGACCAAGAGUUUUUUCCAGUCGGGCGUGCGGCUGGAGGACCUCGACAUGGCCAAGCAGCGGAAAGAGGAGUCUGCCAACAUCGGAUUCGCGGUAGCCUCGACGGUUCUGCGGGAAGUGGACGCGCCGCACGCACUGGUCAACGGGGGCCUGCUCAACCUCGUCCGCCACUGCACGAUCAAGGACUGGGACAUCGAUUUUGUGGUAGACCGGAAGUGGAUGCUGACUAGGAGCACGGAAACCUCGGCGAACGACCGCUUUCUGUUCAACAGCGAGCGGAUAUCUGCCAGAUUCGGCUUGUACCGGCUUUACGCCUUGUCGGUGCAAUCUUGGAUGAGUGCUUUCGGUGGUCGCGCCGGACUAGAACCAGCACAGGCGAAAGAAUUACAAACUGAAGCCGUACUGCACGGCAGUAGCAGUGGCAGCGGUCUUCUGCCUCCUGGCACCUCUUUGACCACGUCCGCAACGCCAACGACCGCAGACUUGAAUGUCACUGACAGAGAGAAGGAUCUCGCGGCGCAGCUCGUGACCAUGGAGCGGGCGGCGGACCCGAGUGUCGACCAGAAAAUCGUCCCAAUGGACGCCGCGUGGCAGGAGAGCUCGGGAUCUAUGCUGGACCUCUUGCCGCAGGUGGUGGAGGAGUCCUAUUACUUCGACCGCUAUGGGUAUGCAAGAAAAAAACUGUGUAAGGGUAAGUCUGUGAUGCAGAAAAUGCAAAACAGUUACGCUUGUCAUGCUCUACAUGCAUGAUAGGCUCGCUUCCUACGUGUUUUCCCGUCCUAUCUGCGCAUGACAAGUUUUUCCUGUCAUGGCAGACGAACUUGUGAUGCUGUUUUCCCAAAAGACCUACACUAACACAGUUUUUUUCUUGGAUAAUGGCCGCACCGUGGAGACCUUGGACGUCGGAAUUUAUGACGAGCUACGGAACAACGUGGACUUAAUGAAGGUAGACCUCUUCUACGGACGGGUGUCUCCGUCGCUGGGCGUUGACAGUACAGGAAAUAAGCAAGCACGAGCGACGCGGCCUGGCAUCUUUGACUCCGGUGAGGGCGAUGACGAAGAUGCUCUUGAAGGAGGAGCCACAGUUGGAAGAAUCGCGGGGGAAGAACACAUAAGCAGUGGCAACUGGAACAGCUGCGGUUUAUCUUACUACAUGUGUGGAAACAAAACGAUAGAGUGCUGUCUUGCGCCCUUUACGAGGACCGUGCUGAAGCCGCGUCCGCGAAUCGUUGAGCGCAUCGUAACUUUCAGCUACGACGAAAACAAGGUCGUGCGUAUUCCUUGGCCGCCGGACGCUGCUCUCGAUCAUUACUACCGCGGAGGGUUUAUGUGGCCCCAACCUGGGUACGGAACGGAGAAGCAUGUGCUGGCAUGGAAUACCGCGUGUAAGGUUGCUCUCUGA